GGUGUGUAUUUAGUCUCUGUGUUCCCCCUGUUUCUUCAGUUUGGCGGUGCUCCUUGAGUGUGAUUUUUCACCCUAGAGAGUCUGUUUUCAAGUGUUUUGUAUUCCUAGAUAGCUUUUGUACCGUACCGGGUGGAUUGGCUUUUGUACUUGCCUGGAUCGGCUGCAUUUGUUUUGUUUCCCAUGAAGGUCGUGUCUCGCUGCGGCGUAAAGCAGCGAAGCCCCUUUAGGCCGUUUGUGACUCAACCGAGGACAUCUCACCUCGCUGCCCCACCAGCCUGACGCUACAAACUCAAUGUUCUUAUUCAUGGACGCUGUCGCCUCUGGAGAGUCAUCAAAAUCUGAAGGUCAUAUUGGAGAGAGAAGGACGGCUUCACUAGAAGUUACAAGGAAUUGAGUGAUCGUCUGCAGAGCUCCAGGCUAACGUCUAGCGGGGGGGUCAGGGCCUGUACAGCUCCAGCUGCCAUGACAGACACCACCGCCUGAGCCUCUCGGUGACACCCUAUGACAGGGGAGGAUGGGUGAUGGGCCCGUGAAAUUCAGCGGCCUCUCUCCUCCUCAUCCCAUCCUCUCAUGGAGCGUCUUGUCACGCCGAGCCCCUCCUCCUGGAACACUUCUCUCUCCGGCCUUCCAGCUUCACUGCACCCGAAUAUCUCUAACGUGACCUCGCCCCUCGCGAGCAUCCGAGGUGGCGUAGAUCUGAACCGGUCCUUAGCGCUGUGUGCCAUGCUCAUCAUCGACGUGCUGGCGGUGGUGGGGAACUUGGCCGUGAUGAUCGUCAUCACCAAAACGCCGCAGCUGCGCAAGUUCGCCUUUGUGUUCCACCUGUGUCUGGUGGACCUGCUGGCGGCGCUGGUGCUGAUGCCUCUGGGGAUGUUGUCGGACCGGAUCCUGGCGGACGAGGCACUGUGUCGGAGCUACCUCGGCUUGAGCGUGUGUCUGGUGAGCGCCGCCAUCCUCACCAUCUGUGCCAUCAACGUGGAGCGCUACUACUACAUUGUCCAUCCCAUGCGUCACGAGGUGAAGAUGACAGUGGGCGUGGUGGUGAUGGUGCUGGUGGGAAUCUGGAUUAAAGCCAUCAUCAUGUCACUGCUGCCUCUCCUGGGGUGGCUGCUCCAGGGGAACCAGGGUUCGGUUCUCGCUCACGGUCAGAGACACUGCUCCCUCCACUGGACGGGAGGCCGGACCACACGGCUGCUUUUCAUGGUCUUCUUUACGUGCAUCUAUUUCCUGUGCCCCAUGCUGAUCAUUCUGGUGGUCUACUGCAACAUGUUCAAGGUGGCGCGGGUAGCGGCCAUGCAGCACGGGCACCUCCCCACUUGGAUGGACACGCCGCGGCAACGGUCCGAGUCCAUCAGCAGCCACUCCACCAUGGCGGCCAGCCUCGGUGGAACUGGCGCCCGCACCACCCCUCAGAGGACCUUCAGUGGCGGGAAGGCUGCGGUGGUCCUGGUGGCGGUGGGAGGCCAGUUCCUCUGCUGCUGGCUGCCGUAUUUCUCCUUCCACCUCUACCGGGCCGUGGCGUCUACCUCUCCCGCCUCGCUGGCCCAGCUGGAGGACGUGGUCACGUGGAUUGGCUAUUUCUGCUUCACCUCCAACCCCUUCUUCUACGGCUUUCUGAACCGGCAGAUUCGCGAGGAGCUGAGCCGCCACCUGGCCUGCCUCUUCAAGCGGGCCGGGCCCGGCGAAGGGGAGCAGCUGCCCAGCCGUGAGGCCUCCAUCGAGGAGAACUUUCUGCAGUUCCUUCAAGGCACUGCAUGCAAUCUGGAGCCCUGCAACUCUCACAGCAGAGCCAGCCCAGAGGAGCCAGCGACCGAGGGCCUUCAGGGAUCAGCUGUUCAGCAGAACACGCCAGCUGACUUCCACAUCCCAGGGCAGAUCCUUGAGGAGACCUCAGAGUUCAUACAGCGGCAACAGCUGAACAAUGAGCUGCAUGUAUCAGAGAACUGCUGCAAAACUGUACCGGAGCUGUAGCUGCCUCUCGUCUUCUGCCAUCUAUAAUAAUCCAAUAAAUAUACUGAGUUUUAUUUUCUAAAAAUGUGUUGAAUUAAUACAUCUCGUGUUCAUGCUACAACCGAGCUUUUAAGCUAAAAACCCAGCGAACUGCAAAACAAAGUGAAGAAUUGAAGUUUUGUAGCCGAUACGUCGUCUGCAUCAUCUCACUCGUGUGGAGCGUUACAUGUUUUGAGAGCCAUACAGUGUCGGGCUGUUUUCUGUGUGAUGGACACUCAACCCUUGCUGUGUUAAUCACGGGUCAGCGGUGUGACAAACAUCACAUUAACAUAAAGAAACUUCAGGGGGAACACAGUUUUUAUGGAAAACUAUAAGAGCUAUUAAAGGACAUUUCUGAGACAAUGUUAGGUCCAUUCAUUCCUCAUCAAAAUGUGGGUUCUCCAUUCAUCGACAUUUAAUUAUAAUAUCCAGUGUGAAAUUAGUCAUUACAUCCAAUCUUUUUUGUUUUUACUUCAGGGCAAAGCGUUCCCUCGUUUUUGUGUUUUAAGACUUGAAGAAGCCCCUCGACAAUCAGUCCGAUUGAUACAGCAGGUUCUCUAUGAACAAACAGCUGUUUUAUUAUUGAUCUAAACAUAAAAAAACACCCUGCUGCACUUCUAUUUAGACACUAGUUCAUCUCCAACAAAGUGUUAUUUUUGCGGAAGAAAAAGUAGUCGGUUUGUUUAAGAUCAGUUUCCAUCAAAGUGUAUUUAUUCUGCUCAUAACACCGAGGAAUUGAUGCAAAAAAAUUUCGUUGUUUUCCUCGUAGAAAGGAGUGAAUAUUCAGGGCCGUUGUGUUGAACAGGAUCAUUUCACAGCUGCUGCUGCUGCUGCUGGUAUUUGUAAUAAACAGGCUGACACACCAGCAUAUUUUUAAGCAUCAUUCUUCAUGUUUAUCUGUCCUCAGUCUUGUGAUUAUCACCUCCUCACCAAAAAAAUCAUCUCACAUCGGUGGACUCGUGAUUUCACCGCUCAAAGAAAAACAUUAUGACUGGUUUCAUUCGGCUCACAGUUCUGGCGUUGAGCUUUUGUGAAAACAUCGGCUCAGUUUGUCGACACGAGGCUGCUGGACGUGUCGUGGACAGAAUCGGACGUCGCGACCAGACCGCCCCCCCCCCCUCCCCGUCACCGUCACUGUCACCCCGUGAUGUCUGUGCUGUUUACAGGUAAACACGGGAGCAGUGUGAAGCGCGCUCGUGUUUGUGCUGUAAACAACCAGGCUUGUUGUGGCUACACGGCAGCACACAGGUGAGACGCAUGGCAGGCUUCAUUCAGCCUUUGGCCUCAUUCAGCCACAAACUGGAGACUCUGGUGAUACUUUUCUCUGAUCUCAGGUGGAAUACAAAACAGUUUGCACAAGUCACACGAGCAGUGACAAAAUGUUCCAAAGUCUCUUUUUAUACUUGCUCUUUUCUUGCUGCCUUCAUCUAUUUUGGACCCGCUUCGUACCGGACUGUUGUAUCACAAGACACCCAACACAAGGCGUUCAGGGAAGGCUUACAUUUUGCUGGGAGACAAAACAACAACAACAAAAA